UGACGCACACGCGCGCGUUAAAAUAUCCGGUCCGCUUACAAAUCUGCGAUCCAAAUCUAGCAGCAAACGGAUUCUUGAGUAGCAGACUGCGUUUGGCUCUACCAAGCUGUAUACGAGCUCCUCCACGCGUUUCCGGUAUAUUGUGGGUGUAACUGAAUUACUGAAUCAUCAACCCCAUUCGUUUUUGUGCAUGUGUACCGUCCGCAAACAACUGGAAUAUUGUGCUGAGCUUUACUGAGGGAGUCGUGGAAUAUACAGACAAAUUGUGAUUGAAGGAAUUAUAAAUCUAGGAAUACCACAAUGGCCAGUCGAAUGAGGAAAUUAUUUCAUCGGCAGAAUGCUGGUGCUAUUGAAGAACGGCGUAAAAUGCGAAAGGAACUCUUUGCAUUCAACAAGACUGUUGAGCAUGGCUUCCCCAACAAACCAACUGCCCUUGCCUACGAUCCGAAGCUGAAUAUCUUUGCCAUUGGAACGUCAAACGGAGUCAUCAAAAUAUAUGGAGCCCCUGGUGUGGAGUUCAUGGGUAUCCACUCUGGAGACUUCUCUGUCUCCAAGCUCUUCUUCUUGCCAGCUCAGGGACGCAUCAUCAGCUUGCUGGAUGACAACAGUCUUCACUUGUGGGAGAUCAACCUGAAAGAUGGAGGAUCCACCAUGGAGGAGGUCAAAAACUUCAUGAUCGAGGGACGCUUGAAGAAGAUCUCCGUCUGUUGCCUGUCGUCGGACGCCUCCCGUCUCUACCUGGGCACAGAGGGCGGUAACAUCUAUCUCCUGGACGUAGAGUCCUUUGACCUUGAAGACCACAUCGUAUACCAAGAUGUCGUCAUGCAGAAGUUAAAUGAUUCUCCAUCUUCCAGUGUACCUGAUGACUUCAAGGUUAACCCUGGUGCAGUGGAGGCCAUCGCCCAACAUCCUAGUGACAAGGACAGGCUCUUGAUCGGUUACAAUCGAGGACUCAUGAUCAUCUGGCGCCAGAGUGAGCUGAUGCUUGAAGCUUCGUUCGUUGGUCAUCAGAUCGAGUCCCUCUGCUGGCAUCGGGAUGGAACCCACUUCACCAGCUCUCACAACGACGGCAGCUACCAGGUGUGGAAGGUCUCAGGAGCAUCCUCACCGGCCAAGGAACCUCUGGUGCCAUACGGACCAUUCCCUUGCAAAGCCAUUCCAAAGAUCCUCUACUUGACGACCAAAAGUGAGCCGUUCACCAUCUUCUCCGGUGGUAUGCCAAGAGCCAGCUAUGGUGACCGCCAUGUCGUCACAGUGAUACAGGACAAGACACAGCACGUCGUCUUUGACUUCACAUCCAAGGUCAUUGACUUCUUCACCAUGUCAAAUGUGAACGAUGAAGACGAAUUUGAUGAGCCACACAGUCUGGUUGUCCUGGUAGAGGAAGAGAUUGUUUUCAUUGAUCUCCAGACCAAGGGAUGGCCGACUUUCCAGCUGCCUUACCUGUCCUCCCUGCAUGCCUCGGCCAUCACCUCCUCCAACUACAUCUGCAACGUUCCAUCUCAGCUCUGGGAGAAGAUCCAGGAGGUUGGAGAACAUCAGCAACAGAACGUAAUGUCAACAAGGGAUUUCCCUGUAAUCGGUGGCAAGAACCUGGUGGAGCCACCCGCCUACCACGACCUCCUCCUGACCGGUCACGAGGACGGUUCUAUCCGCUUCUGGGAUGCCUCUGCCUCUGCCAUGAAGUACCUCUACCAGGUCAAUGUGGCUCAGCUCUUCACCGCCGAAGGAGGGGAGCAGAACGGUUCUCCAGGAGUCGUCGAGGCUGAGGAAGAAUGGCCGCCAUUCCGUAAGGUGGGUAACUUUGACCCUUUCAGCGAUGACCCUCGUUUCGGUGUCCAGAAGGUGGUGCUCUGCCCCCAGAGCGGCACGUUGGUGGCCGGAGGAACCGCUGGCCAGGUGGUGGUCAUGAAGAUGGGCGAGGACGAGGAGGAGAAGAAGACUAUAGAGGUUGUCCAAGCCAAGAUCGUUGUCGACGACAAGUUCGUAUGGAAGGGUCAUGAGGCCCUGCCUGUCCGAGAGGAGCCCUUCAAAUUCCCUCGGGGUUUCCAAGUGGAGCUCGUGGCCCAGGCCCACCCUCCGGCAGCCAUCACAGCUCUGGCCUUCCAGUCAACCUGGGGCAUUAUAGCCUUCGGAACCAGCCACGGUUUCUCCCUCAUUGACACCACGCUCAAGCGCCUUAUCGUUUCCCACUGUACCCUUAACCCCCAUGACCUCUCGGUGACCGGGGAGCACAUGUCACGGCGGAUGUCGCUGACCAAGUCACUGAGGGCGUCGCUGCGUCGUGUCAGGCAGAAGAGGGGGACGACCAAGCCGCGCAAACAGAGGGAGAGGCGAUCUAACGAUACCGGUGGGAAAGUGAUUGAGGGUAGCGAUAAUACACCUACAACACCGGAGAAGGAGAGCAGAGGGAGAGGAUUUGAUGAUGCCGAUCUGGUUCCCAUUGAGAGGAAGAUUGAGGCUCGAUCAGAAGACCCUAAAGUCAGUAUGGUCCGCUAUGUCUACUUCGCUAACACGUUUGUUAGGGACGCUCACACAGCUACACCGUCGCUGUGGGUUGGUACAAACGCCGGUGUCAUCUACAUCUACUCGCUGGGUGUACCUACAGGAGAGAACAGACUACAGGGCAAUGUGGUGGCAGAAAUCAGCAAGGAGAUUAAGUUGAAACAUGGUGCCCCUAUCAACUCUAUGGUUGUAGUAGACAGUGACAACAACCCCCUACCAGACCCCAUAGAGGUUCAGCACGAGUGUGCCAAGCCUCCCAACAUGAGCGGACACAACCUCAUCGUAUGCUCUGAAGAACAGUUCAAGGUCUUUGCUCUACCAAGCCUGAAGCCCAGAUACAAGACCAAGCUGACGGCCAUGGAUGGAUCCAAAGUACGCAAGGUGGCCUUCAUCAACUAUCGCAGUAGGAAUAACGAUUCAUAUUCCGAGAAUCACAUCAGCUGCCUGACCAACCAAGGAGAGUUGGGUAUCUACAGCAUCCCUCAUCUCAAGAGGCAAGAUCACUACCAGGCGCUCAGGAGGGAGAACGUCACCGGGAUCGCAUCGCUUCUCUUCACCCCAAGGGGCGAAGGCAUGUACCUCCUGUCACCAUCCGAAUUUGAAAGGUUUACCAUGUCAGCGAGCACGGUAACCGAGCCCCUGUGCAUGCUUGAGCUAGCAGAGGGCAUGCGCCCCGUACCCCCAGAACCUGAGGUGGAGCCGGAGCCUGAGCCAGCAGCUGAAGCAACGGAGGAAGGAGCCGGCGGUGAUGCUGAUGCUGCUGCUGCUGCUGCUGGAGCUGAGGUUGCCCAAGAGGCCAAGCCUGAUGCAGAGGAACAAGAGCCUGGAGAGAAGGAUGCCAUGCUACCCUCAGAAGACCCUCCAGCAGCUACUCUUCAGAACGGCCCUAGCGAGGAGGCCGAAGCGGAGGCGCCCACGGCAGGAGGGGAUGCCGAGACGGCCGCGGCCAUACAGCAGGAAGUGGAUAAUCAGACCGCCGACGAACUAGUAAAUGAAGUGGAUGAAUUGCUUGCCAAGACAGGAAUCAACAUCAGCAUCGAGGGCGAGACAGACGACAACCCUGACAUCACCAUCGACGAGGUCAAGGAAUACGACAAUAAACCAAAAGAGGAGAUUGUGAAUGGGACUGCAGCCGAUCCUGAUGAAGGUGUCGUGAAUAAAGAGCCUGCACCCGCUGUAAACGGAGAAACUGAGACUAAUGAAGUGAACGGGGAGCCGCAGCUUGAGAAAUUACAAAUUGAGGAGUAACUUACAUGAACGGGAGCCAGUGGGACUGAAGAACAGAUCCCACAUCGUACUUCCCAAUGGUGAUCGCGAAGCAAGGCAGAGAGCGCAUGGAUUGUGUGUUAAUCCAGAAACAGCGUGGGAGCUUUCUACGAAACUUCUAUCAAAACUUGUUAUCGUGCUAGAUUUUCUGUGUCUUGCUUGCUCUUCCUCUUUUAAGAAAAAAAGUAAUGAAUUUUGCUUCAAUAUUAAAUUCCAAUUAAAUAGAUUAGUAGAGUAGGCUAACGCAAGGACUUGACUUCAUAUUAAAUAACUCUGCGUUGAUGUUGCAAAGAGUCGUGUCAAUCUAAAAAAAAUACAUGCGUUUUGAGAGUGAAUGCGUAGAGAUGUUGUGAAGAAUUGUAAACUGCAACUGAAGGCAUCAUUUUUUUCUUUCUGCCCAUGAUUUUUCAAUUAUUGAUGUGAUAAUUUUGAUUUAUUGAUAAUAUGCCAUUGCUGAUGGACCAAUUUGAAUUUUUGGAGUGCAUUUCUUUGGAACAAGUCAAUAAUGUUUUUGGAUAACAGUACAAAUACAUUCUGUACUUUUUUUAAUACCGUAUGAAUAGAGCUACAAGUGAUAAAACUGGACGAAUUGGGGUGUGGUUGUGAAUGAAUUUGUCAGACUGCUUAUUGGAAUUGUUGUGUGGGAUGUUUUUUUUAAGAAUAAGGUUAAUUCAAAUAGAAUUUUCACAGUGAUUAAGAUGAAAUUUAAAUGUGAAAGUCUGAUAUAGACUUAGAAAUUCCAGACAGGUAUUUGUUGAAGGACCAAUUUCUGUGGGUUUCCGUUCGAAAGAGAUUCUGAAGACUAGCAAAGAUAAACAUUGUCAUGCAUUUGUCAGCAAUUUCUGGCUCUUAAAAAUAUUGCAAGGUUAAUCAUGAUUAUGAAAGAACAUGCUUUACAUAUCAGCAAAAGAAAACUAGGCAGUGUCUCCAUUUUUCAAGGUGUUAUCUUUUUCUGCUUGUGUGGUGAUUUUAAAAGGAUUUAUCAUGCCAAUUGCGAUGAUUUUACUUUUGCUAGUAUAUGAAACAGUCAAAUUGUCAGUAAAAUCAUACAAAAUAGCAUUCCAUUUCAAAUGAAUUCUCAACAUUUUGUAUUUUUCCUAUUCUUGUGUCUAGACAAGUUACCAAUAUUCUUUGUGUUCAAUAUCAAACAGAAAUGAAUCUAAUUGUUGUCUUCAAAUUCAGGUUAUUAGCUGCAACUUUUUCUGAUGGCGCUAUAGAGUUAACUCAAAUUGAAUGGUGUUUUUCAAUUAACUUGGUGCCCUAUUUUGAUGUAUCUAAUGUAUAGUAUGGAUUGUAAAAUGACUGCCUUUUGACAAGGGAUAUAGCCCAACUUGUUGCCUCUUUUGUUGUAUGUUUAUAUAAACCUGUAGUUUUUAUUAUAUUUGUUGAAGAUCUUUUAAAAGAUAUAUAAUCAACAAACAAUACCUAAUUAUUUCUUCUAUUAAUAACUAUACGCUCUCUAUCACGUCGAUUGCCAUUUUGUAAAGAAUCAACACAUGUUUUGUUUUUUAGAUGCAAAUCAUGGAUUACUGUAAUGACAGCUCUGUUUGAGCUACCAGUAAGAAUAAAUGACAAAUUAACUUUUAAGAGUUGAAGGUUAACUACUCUCAUACCUAUCUGUACAUGAUAUAAUCGACCCAUAUAUCAGAUGUUUGGAUGUCUAACCAUGAAUUUUCUAUAAAAUUGUCAGUACUUACAUUGUAGAUGGUUGUAACAUGCCUGCGGGUUAAACUGUAGUACCUGUUAAGAAGUACUUGAAUUUGUAGUACUAGUUUUGUUUGUAACUUGGGUUUGUUUUGGAGCUGGUAGCAUUGUCCAAAGAACAGUAGUUAAGCAGCGUAGACCAUUCCUUAAAGUAUAUAUCUUGACAAAUCUUUUGGUUUCCGAUUCUUUGCGAGCAUUGUGACGUCAAAAGAGUGUUAAGGAGUGUGUGGGGUUUUUUCUCCUCGAUAUGUGCAUGCGUGAGUUUGAUGUGAUGAAAGCAGUGUUUUGUAUCAAAAAGAAGGCAGUCAAUAUAGUGAAAAAGUACUCAUUGGUAACAGAUGGAAUUCCCAACAUAACUUGUCUGUAUGUUGAUGUGUAAAGCCUUAAAAGGAAAGAUUUCUUGGUGUUGUUUAGAUUAUCGUAGAUGUGUUUGUUUUUGAGACUGAUUUCAAUGGAUCUUUCCAACCUUUUUUUCUGAUCAAACUGCGUCUUCUUUUUCUACUCCGCCUGUGCCAUUACAGUGACGUGCGGGCAGACGAAGCACGUUUUUGAAUGUCAUUUGAUUGUAACCAUUUUCUUGCUGGUUUGAUGCAAUUAUGUAUGUGUAGUAAUAGUAGUAUUUUGAUGGAAUAAUGGUGUAAUUAUAAAAAUGUGACCAUGUCAUAAUGUAAACAUUGUACAUUUAGUGGAUAGUGAACAAAUUUUUCUUUCUAUAAAUGAAGUAAUGGCUUUGAUAUAGUGUAAAAUUCAUAAUUGUGUAAUAUGUGUAAAGAAAAACAAAGGUUGUACUAUUUUUUCCUCUUCCUUGUGUUGUUGUUAUUGUUAUUGCUAUGCUCUAUUAUGUCAGUCAAGUACUCAGUGAUUGCUUGUAUGUUGUUGGUACAAUGCACCCUGGCACCAGAGGAAAAUAAGAAUUUAUUGUCAGCUGCGCGCAUGAAGGCUUUUAUUGCUUUUGACAAUACACAGCUGUUUAAGCCUUCUUGCGGGCAUCUGACGCAAUGUACAAAUAUUUUCUUGCUACGGACGCUUACUUCUUUUAAAGAUGUAGGCAUUGGCAUUUCUUUGGUAUUCAAGAUGCGUUCCUGCUUAAAAAAUUGAACAACAUUUUGUAGAACUCUAGGUGUAUUCAUUUCCACAAUUUAUAUGGUUCAGUUGUACAUUGUUCAUUUGCUUUUGCAUCUCAUGUAAUGGCUUAAUGUGAAAUAUGCUAUAAAAAAGUUAUGAUUAUGUAUCUCAAGAUAUAAUUUAUGUUGAAAAUCGGUUGUAUGCUGCUUGUAAUAUUUCCUAUUAUUUUUGUUCUUGCUAUCUUAUCAAUAUAUUAGCUACAGCGAUAAAAGCAGUUUGGAUGGUUCUGCACUUUUGAUAUUUUUCAGAAGAAAAAAUUGAGAACUGUAGAAUAGAAUUGUUGCCAAUUAGGAUAGUUUAAUUUUUUGUCAUUCUCCAUUCAUUGGUUUAUUUACAGCAAUGCUAGAAUUUUUUGCGACUUGGUUGAAAACAAAAUAGUCAUGACAUUCCUACAAUUAUCUUUGUAUUUUUCUUCCCUUUUUUGGAGCUUUUUUGUUUGUUUGUAAAAUUUGUGCCAGGAUAGAUCCAAUAAAACAUUGUGUGAAUGUGAA